AGGAAAUAUAAUGUGUGUUUAAAUUUAAUUUAAUUAUUGUCAAUAAUUAAUUUUUUAACUAAUCAUGACAACUAUUGAGAGAUGUUGUUAUUGUGCUCCGUUGAAACAAGCCGCCAUUCUGAUAGCACUAGGAAGUACGAUAAUUUCGACGAUCGGUUCCGUAGUUAUGACACUGUUUACUGUGAAAAUAUACGAAGAUGACGAAAAAAGUUCCAUUACAGAAGGGAAUAUCUUUAACGGCUUUCUUAACGUGGAAAUUAAGAGGAAUGCAAUGGAAGCUACUCUGGCUGUCUGCCUCGUCUUCUUUGUACUGUGGAUGCUCUUCUCUUGGUUGCUACUCGUUGGACUCUUCAAAAACAAACCGUGCUUAGUGCUCAGCUAUUUUUCCUACGGGAUAAUAUUGACUAUAAUGUUACAACUGGGCGCAUUACUGUUACUCCUAAACCUGUAUUGGAUCCACGCUUUUAGCCUUACCACGGCUUCAAUUUUCUACGCAUACGUGCUCAGAGUAGUGCAUGCAAUUUACGAGGAAAUGAACGCUGGAAAGCUAAUAUUUAAUGAAAAUUUCGACGAUUCAUUGACCGAUAUGACUGUGCUCAUCGAUGAAGACGACGCAUAGACAUGAUUAUUUAUUAAAAACCACCGAAUUUCACUUUUCGGUUCGUAUCAUGCUUUCAUGUUAACAAUUCUGACAAUUCGAAUGCUUAGAUUAAAUAGAGGUCCCGCAGUAGUCGAAAUUCGACUAUAAUUAAUUGGAAUUCUA